CAAAUCCAGACAAAAGGAUCCGCGGCGGCGCGCACUGAGCCGAGCAUCUGAGCACCUUUGGAGACACCACGGGUUUGAACCGUAGCGCAAGAACGCACCGGCACACCGACACGCACGCCCUCCAGGUCCACCUGAAACCUUCAAGCCGGUUAAUUGACCUGUUGGAAGGCCGAGGAAAGAGAGUCUGAGCCCCGGUUCAAUCGCAGCCAGAACACCGUGUUCCCAUGAUGUCAUACCUGUGGAUUCUGCUAUUAGGAAGCCUCCUGGCGGCAAGCGCCAAGGCACAAGACGAAGUAGCCCCAACAGAGGAGGCAGUCGCUCUUGAGACCCCAGCCCCUGAAGCAGAUGCACCAGAGGUCAAUGAAGAAACCGCAGAUGAUGAUGAAACUGACCAUACAGCCGGGGAAAUACCAACUGAUCCUGAGCCUGAGGCCAAACCUGAGCCCGAGACUGAGACUGAGCCUGAGGCCAAACCUGAGCCUGAGACUGAGACUGAGCCCGAGCCUGAGGCCAAACCUGAGCCCGAAACUGAAACUGAGCUUAAACCUGAGCCCACUGCUGACCAUGAAGAUGGAGCCGAUGAACCAGUGACUCCUGCGGUUGAAGAUGCAGAGCCAGCGACACCUGCACCUGAGGAACCAGAACCAGCAGACACUGAGGCAGAAGCAGCUGCAACACAAGAGCCUGCAGCUGAUCCAGAGGUUAAGGAUCCAAAGGCUGAGGAACCAACAGCUAAUGGAGAGGAGGAAGUUACCUCAAGCAUUGGUGCAACACCUGCUCAGGAGGAGGGUGGACCUGAAGCCACACCUGCAGCAGAUCCAACUGUAGCAGAUGAGGAAACACUUGCUGAUCCAGCUGGUGAUGAAACUGUAGUACCACAAGUAGAGGUCCCUGUCCCUACAAUAACAGAAGAUAUUGUUGCUAAGGUGAAUGCAGAUGUAGGAUUUAACCUGGAAGAUGCUCUGGCAGGAAAAGAGAAUGCAGUGAACAGCCAAGGACGGAGCCGUUCUGGGGCACAUGCUGCUGGCGCCAUAGGAAAUGUAGACAAACCUAAACCCAACGAGGCCAGGUCCAGCCCUUUAGUAGGCAUCCUGGUUGCAGUUUGUUUGUCUGUAGUGGGAGCAAUCGUUGGAUACUUCACCUUUCAGCAGAAAAAGCUGUGCUUCAAAAAUAGACAGGAAGCAGAUCCAGAAGCUGCACGCAAAGCGGAUACAGCCGAGGCUCAGGCAGAUCCCCAAGUCCUAAGCAACCUGCUGAACUCCUCCUAGACCAGCAAUGAUCGCAUGACUGCCUAGACCAACUACUGGCAAGCAAAGUGGCAAUCUCACUGUUAGGCUCUAUCUUUUGCAGAGCUAAAUUACUGUGAGGCCCCAGAGUAGGGCUGUGUGUGCAUGUGUAUGUAUGUAUGUGUGUAUGUUGGUCUGUGUGAACCUGUGCGUGUCUGUAUGUGUGUUUGU